ACAGCGCAUCACACCAUGUGAGUCGGGAAGCUCAGCAAGUCUGGCUGCAGGCGGCUCCAGGCCUCCACGAGGCGAGCAUGCUCGUCCGGGUGCGAUCGCUGCAAUGCCGCGGGGUCCUGUACAAGAACAACAUGCACUGGUUAGUCGCGACGAAGAGGAAAAUCGGAUGGCAGGAAACGUGAGAAAAUGGUGGUGCAUGGCAGGAAUGCCCCGUUUCCGACCAGGUGUAUCCUCGUCGGAUUCAACGUCUGGCUGACUGGCGAGAGCCACUGUGCACCACCAUCAAGUUGAUACUGUGAGAGACAGCUCUGCAUGCAAACGUACCUCGGCGAAGCACACGAAGAUGGUCGCAACGAUCGAGUCUAGGAUUGACGACAUGAUCGUGCACAUGGCGUACCCGAUUGAUGCGCAUGCCACGAAAGUCAGCAGCACAACAUUGAAAGUCUCUGCAGCAGCACACAAUACACACACAUGAGCACGGAACCUUGCCCAAGGAGAUUACAUAGACCAAAAUAGUCACGUACGGCACUCGCCCGGAUGCUCGGCCAGUUCGUCUGGCGUGCACCGCAGCGUUAGGUACAGCCACGCCGAUCCAAUGACUCCGGACACGGUGCCUGCCAGCGGGAAUUGUCACGCAUUGUCACAUCUGGGUUAGCUGAAGAUUUCAUCCACAUUUGCAAAACAAGCAUAUCGUACCAACAACCAAACACCCAACCGACAGGACGCUCGAAAUAAGCGAAUCGUUUAGAAGCGCCGUCCAGCCACGGUCUCGGAAGAGAUGCAUUGUAUCCGUCCCAGCUAGCCGAAAAUCUUUCCCGUACAACGCCACCUGACAGAACGCAUACUUGUUGAAAUACUGCAUGUUGCGCAUGACCAGCUUGACGAGGAACUCCAAGAAGGCGUUGGCGCUACCCUUGGCCUUUCGCCGCGGGGCAGAUAGCAAAAGCGUGUGCAGAGCGUUCAGAACAGCGACCACAAGCGAGCCAACGCAAAUCGAUCCGAGAGACGUCGUCAACGCACGGGUCUGAGCUCGUUGAAUCGUGUUGACAUCCUGCGCGCCGAACCACCAUUCACCCACCGCACCGGCGGUAAUACAGUGCACCACAUUCUUUGCCACCUGCACAAACCAGUAGAAGCUGCACAAAUGGUGAAAACAAUGCUGAAAUUUCUAUGGAGAAAACUUUAUUAGCACAACAGCAGAGUCGUACCUUAGCAGCAUGAAGAAAAAGCACGUGUUUCCAUAAGAGCUUGAAUCGUGGAGGUGAUCGACUGCUUUAGCGAGAACGCCAACGACAGCUGCACCCCAGAUCAUGACCCACACGGCCUGCGCUAACAACGCCAUGUACGCUGAUGUAAUCACGCCAGGAAACACCCGCAGGAUACGAGAAGCUGCUGUCAAAUUAGAUGCCGCGAAGGCUAUCGAUCGACGAACGGAAGCGUAGUACGUGAUGAUCGUGAGGGCGAAGAACAGGUUGAUGAAGCCAAUGGCCUUGCCAGCCAUGCCAGAGUCGUAGAAGGCAGCAAGUGAUGCCGCGAUAAAAGCCACUAUGCUGGCCUUCAGCGUCCAGGAAAUGACACGCUCCGCGUGAUUCUGCAAUACUUGUAGCCACAGCGCAGACACACACCCGCCGAUACACGACGUUACCAGGAAGAUGAGGAAGAUCUUGAGCCCGUGUGACGAGUCGUCCUCGUGAUGCACGGUGAAGUAGAUACUUGACACGUUCGGAAGGCCAAAGAAUAGCUUAUAUUUUUCAUUAGUUGAGGGCAUCUGAUUAGGGAUUCUGGGGCACCAGAAUGACGUACCGCAAUAAAGAGCACAGAGGCACAAUUGGCAGCGAAGGUCACUGCGAAGAAGUAGUCCUUGCGCUCAUCGCGCUGUCCAGCUGGGAGCUGCUGUGGCACCUUCUCCAGCAGCACCUCCUCGUCCGCUCGAUCCAGCUCCAUGAUGGUGAAAAAAAAAAAUGCUGCUGGAAGAAGAACGCUUUCUCGAUUGACCAGUGGUCGAAAAUUGUAAUGAAUAUUGUCCAAUAAUAGAGCGGGAGUUUCGUUGAAGUCAGACCAUCACUCCCAGAAUUCCGCACGCACGUCGACAACAAUGGCGGAGAACGGCGAGUUCCUGACGAACUUGACGCUGGAUGGCGUGCGCGAGGGCGCCUACAUGCUAUGCAAGCACUCUGACGACCUGCUAGGCCAUCACGCGCGCCAGGUCUUCCGCGAGAAAGCAGCGUCAAUGCGCGCCGAGAACAGCAUAUAUUACUACCUCAAAGACCUCAUGAAGAAGUUCGGGUCACAGCAGCAUGCCUCUAAAAUCAAGAAGACAGCUCACGGUGAACCGCAGCAGUUGGUCCUGGAGGCGCACGAGUUUCGCAAGCUCGUGGCGAGUGACCCGGCCUUCGAGAGCGCCAUUCCGAGCGACCAGGUAGACGCGCUCUUCCACCGCCUCGAGUGCGACUACCAGAAACUGCUGCUGCACCGGGAUUUUGUGGAAUUUUGUCUUCUAGAUCAGGACCAGUUGUGCGUUUGCUCUUACUACUGCAGAUUCCCUGAAAUUUAGUCAGGCACUGGUUGAUCUCCCUUGCUCCUUUGUUUGUACAGGCGAUUGCUAUUGUUCAAGUACCGGAAACAUCUUAAGAGCCUUGAUUUAACAGAUAAUGAGAUCGCAGAUACGUUUAAGCGACUGGCACCCCCUGAUGGUACGGCGAUGGUGCCAGACCUGUUUCACGCUGCCAUCAUGCGCGACUUGGAUGUCGUGCUAACGACAGGAGUACGUUGCAGUUUCUGCAUUUCCCCGUGAUUGCUAAUUUGAAACCUCACACCGCCGGAAAACUAUCCUACAGGAACUCGCUUUUGUCAUGAGCCUCAUGGACUCCGAUAAGGAUGGAUUGGUGAAACUCCAUGACUUGGAACUUCUUCUCAAGGACGAAAGAGGGGCCGAGGAGCUUGUUCACCCUCCUCGAGAGAAUGGUGUCGUCGACGUCAGAAUUUCAACAAAUAGCGUGGAAGAGGUAACGUUACGCAGAGAUAACUACGUUCAACUGUUUCCAAAACUACAGAACGAGAACAAUUCCAGUCCGAUGCAUCUCUGGUUCCGAACAGCGGCUAAAGAGGAUGGAAAGGCUGCUAUUUCCAAUAUCAAGUACGCUGUGAGUUCGCGAGACACUGAGCUGGUGUCGAAAGGAUAUACGUGUCUACAGCAGGAUAUCAACAGAAAUGGGACCUUUGGGAAGCACAAGUACAUUUGGAUGAGCGUUGUACCUCCGAGCACUCAAAUGACCAACGAGGUGAUCGAUCUCUCACUCACGAGUGGAGAUCUAAGUGACAAAAAUGCCGCACGCUUAUGGAUACCCCGCCAUCGCGGCUUCAAGCUUGUACCAGGGAAUUUGAACGAGAAGAAUACUAAGCAAGGUGUGCUUCUGUGGCUACGGCGACGCCGCGCAUUAUCUACUCAGGACCUAGUUGAACCUCCGCACAUCGACCUUACGAUUACUUCUCCGAGAACACGAACAAAUCUGCACAGUCACAUCGAUGACUUGGAAGCCCAAGUUCGAAAAACACUUCGACGGAACUGUCCGAUUGACCAAGAUUGUUCCUUGAACUUCAAUCGUUUAUAUGACGAGUUUGACCCCAAGAAGGUGCGGGCCAUUACCAAGCAAGCAGUACUUGCUGGUAUCGAGACGUUUGGCAUUAAAAUGGACAAGAAGGACUUUCGACUUGUCUGGGAGCGAAUCAAUCCUUUCGGCACCAAGGUUAUUCACGUCGGUACGUUUGCUCAAUUCUUAGAGCUCACGGAUUUUGACAUUGAUGAUGUAGUAAAUUCGCUGCAACGUACGAUGACGACGCGCUUUGGACACAACGUCCCGAACUACCGGUUAAUUUUUCAGUCAUACAAUACGCUUGGGGACGGAAAGCUGAGUCGCUCCGAUUUUCAGCGAAUUUUUGCAACCAACCAGCUGAGUUUCACAAACAGUGAGCUUAGUAAAGUGAUCCAACGGUUUGAUGUCAACAAAGACGGCGUUGUCGACUACUCCGACUUCCUGAGCUACAUCACUGGGAUCUGUGAUGCGUCAGCCAGGUCUGCGAGACGAAUUGCAGAGGCAGCUGAUGAACUCAGAGUUUGGGCGCUUGAAAAGCAGAAUAAGAAACUGGCUAAAGACGGCAAUAUUGACUCAGCAUCUGCUUGGCGCUUGCUGAAACCUAGGCAUGGUCGCCUUGAUUCCGAAACAAUCAACCGCAUUCUCCGGCAGCGAAGGAAGCGCUUGAACGCAGAGCAAAUUUAUCUGCUGCAAGUAUUGAUGGCCCCAGCAAGUAACGGCGAGGUAAAUCAGGCAGCAUUCCAUGCAUUUGUCAAUCACGUGCCCAAAAAAAUUUCAACCAUGGUUUAUGAAUUGAGGAAGUUGGUUGGAUCAGGACCUGUGAAGUCUGACAUCGACGAGAUUUACAAUCGUCUCAAUAUUGAGGCCAACGGGAAAUUGUCUCUAGUCAAUUUCUCGCAGCAGUUGAACGCAUUAGCAGUGGAAAAGUCGACGCGGCAGAUUGAUCUGAAAGACUUGGUUUACGUGGUACAGUAUACUGGAGCAAAUUGUGGGGGAGACGGUGCCGUGCUGAUUGACCGGUUUUUGGCAGUAAUUCGAGAAAAUCAAGACCGUAGAAACAUGAAGAGUGAGUUUGUCACUCAUUAUGACAGUCCUCAGUUCCUUGAAGGUGUAAAGCUGCUUCGUGACGAACUAAAACGGUGUGCCAAAACCCCUGAUGGUAAGUUUGACUACAUGGUUCCUUUCCGGCUUUUUGACAAGGACAACACUGGGCAAAUCGUUUUGUCCGAGUUUGAAGUAGCCAUUCGUGAGCUUGGUGUGGAUAAGUACCUGACCGAUCAAGAAAUUAAGGGACUUAUGCGGCGAUUUGACCCCAAUUCGUCUGGUGCCAUUGACUUCAACGAGUUUCUCCGUUUUAACCUUGCAGAGUCGUCGUCGUCUUCCAGCAGACGACUUAACAUUUCCAUGCUUCCAGAUCCUGUUCUGCAACGUAUUAUCGAAGACAUCACUAUGCAUGAACAACUCACAAGUGAAAAUGUUGGAGCAUACUGUGGCUCAAUCAAGAGAAUGUUUGGCAUUAUCGAUAAAGAAACUACUGGUCUGGUUCCCGCAAAUCGCUUUGUCGAGACGCUCAAAGAAAUGAGUGUUGCUGUGCCAAAGGAGGAUAUGGACGUCUUAGUGAAAGAGUUUGCGAGUGACGACGAUGUUGGUGGAGAUGUCCAUUACUUACGUUUUUGUGAAGCACUAGCACAAAAAUGCCAGCAAAAUGGAGAGACGCAGCCACUCUUGGAGUCGCCACCAUCGGAGAUCCUCAGUUUGCUAAAGACAUUGCAUCAGCAAUAUUAUGAGGCGAAGAAAAGGCUGGAAGCAAGUGGUCACGCUUUUGAUAUUGAUCGAGCUUUUGGAGUGGAGAAAGACUCAACUAAGUGCAUUUUCAUGUCGACUGACGACUUUAAAGACGUGUUGUGGGCUGCGGGUGUCCACCAUCCGUACUUGCGCGAAGAGCUAGAAGCCAUAAUGAACUGUUUUCAGCUACACCAGAAUUCGGGAUUCAAUGUCGCGCUGUUCCGCAAGUUUUUAUCAAAUGGUCCCAGUGCCUUCUUUACAGGCAAUUCGGGUAUCCUUGAUAAUCACGUUGAACGACUUCUAGGGGAACUACAGGCGUUUUUGUCUACCGGAAAAGAUGCUGGUGCACGAUUGUUUGGUCUAUUUUCCGAGCUGGAUGCAGAUUCAAGUGGGUUUAUUUCGCAUGAUGAAUUUCUGCAGCUUCUUCAAAAAGCUGGUCUUCGGCACUUCCUCAGUCCAGAAGACGAAAAACUUCUGCUCCAAUUUCUAGAUACUAAUGGCGACGGCGCAAUAUCGUACACAGAAUUUGUUUCCUUCGCUAAACACGCCGAUGAGAAGUCUAAAAUUCUUAUCGAAAAGCAACCUAGUAUAUCACCAUUUCCAUCUCCAACAAAAUCGGUAAAAGGCGAAGAAGCUUCUGGCUCUCAAACACUGGCUCCCGCUUCCCCAACUGCAGGGUCCACCACAAAAAACUCAUCAGCUAGUUUACCACUAGGCAGUCCACCAAAGCCUGAUGAGCAACCUCAUGCUCCAGUAUUGAACGAAAUCGGUAAGCUGAACAAGCUCUUACGUCCACCCUUUCCGUUUGCUAAAUACUUUAGCAAGUAUCGAGCGAGUCAAAAUGAAGCGCGUGUGACAGUUCGAGUCUUUGAAAAGGUUAUCGAUAAAUUCUUGGAUCGAUUGGUAAUCCAGCGUGUGGUGUACAACAUGAAAGACAUGGACAUCGAGUUAUUACUACAGGCAUAUGCUGUGGCAAGUGGCGAUGGCACGAAGAUCGACUACGAAGUCUUUUUGGGAGAUCUAUCAAAAGCACAAGAAAAGGUAGCGGCAACUUGUGUUGAUAGUGACUCCAGUAGCAGUGACAGUGACGACGAGUUGUCUUGCAGCAGUGAUGAAGAAUAUCGAAUCACAACAAAGCUCUCGAAGGCUGUCGGGGCAGCAUUACUCCAAGCAAUUAAACAUGCUCACAAAACUCCGGCAGAUCUUGACGCUCUGAAAUCUUUGUUGGGCACACUGACUAAGGAAUCUAUUGCGAAGAAACAAGAGGCUGUCAGUGAAAAAAAGAUCUACAAGCUCCUGAUGACCCUCUCUUUGCGCCUGAGCAAUAAAGAUGUAACCAAGCUACUCACAUGCUUUAAGACAGAGUAUUAUGGUAGGACUUUGUACGAAGUCAAACCACUAAUUGCAGCCAUCGAAGAGCAGGUUAACACCGCUAUUGGUCCGCUAAAGGAGAAACCUACACCUGCCGAACCUGAGGCUUCUCCACCUGUAGAAGUCAAACCAGUCGCUCCAGCAAUUCCACCAACUCUCGAACCUACCCUGGCGAAAAAGAUCUAUCGAUGUUUUCUCGCCGCAGCUCAACACAACAUCAGCGGUCGGAAGUUACUUGAAAAGUGUGAUGUUGCGAAAACUGGGAAGCUCACAUUGCUGGAAUUCCAGACAGUGCUACGCCUGAUGGGGUGUAAGUUGGCAGACACUGAACUUGAGGCAGUGAAAGCUGCUCUUGGAGAUCCAAAAUCGGCUCAAAUCAAUUAUAAUCUUUUGGUCCAACAAAUGGGUCCAGAUCGCCAGCAUAGGCCGCGGAAGGUGCGAGCAAGAAGUACUGAGAUACUUCACCUCGAUCGGGAGCCCCAAUACUCAGACAAGCUGCAAUCUACUCAGAUACCAAGUCCUGUAGCUCUCAGUCAGUCUUAUCGGGUAGAACCUACGUAUAUAGACCCCGAAAAGGAGUCUACCCAGACUCCUCUCUCAUUUGAGGAAGCGGAGCGUAUCGAUAAUUUCGUGAGGCAGUUCUUCUCUGAGCUUUUCAACAUGCGGCAAAUCGAUUCAGUGACUCUGCGGCAGAAGUUUGAGCCCUAUGAUAUCAGGAGCACGGGAUUCGUUUCUAUUGAUGCAUUCGGUUCAGUGCUGAGGAAGCUUGAUAUCUUCUUACCGUCCGAUGUAGCGUCGACUAUCAUUUCGCGCUUUACCGCAGUGUCUGGUGAAAAGUUCGAUUACAUUGAUUUUUGCCAGACUGUUGCUACCUCCCUUCCCCCGAAAUCACCACCAGCACAAGUACAUCCAAUAACUCGAGUUGUCAAGGAUAUGCAACCACUCUCUAGCUCCGAAGUUUUGCAUCCUGAACCACAAUUCAUCCGUACCGUCCCCACCGAUCGAGUAACAACUGAUACAACAAAUUACCGCUUAAGACCGAGUCAGUCGGAGGUUCUUAAACUGAAUCUGCCGGUGAUUGAGACCAAUUUGAGCUCAAAGGCAAGAAUUCAGCGUAUUCCAUCCAAACGUGGCGAAGGCGAGGUAAGUGGCUGGAAAUGCCCUGUUUGCUUCCACCAGCAGACGAGAGUGACGGCGACUUGCGAGAUUUGUGCUGCUCAAAAUCCGGAAUCUGUCGAAUUCCAGAGUCUAUGUCAAUGCUCUGCGUGCGGGUUCCGAAACAAAGCCGAUGCGCGGACAUGCGAGUUGUGUACGGUUGUCCUGCGGCGGUCAGGGCCUCCUCCUAACUACAGGGUGGCAUUCUCACCAACCAAGCGUUCCUCUAUGCCAUUUUCGACUGAUGGCUGGCUCGCGUAGAAAUUCAGAUGCCGAUAAAAAUUGUCAUUGGUGUUCAUUAAUCAAGUGAUUUUAUGGUAGUUCUUGUAUUUGUUUGUGGCGAAGUCGAAAUCGCAUUGCGGUGAAGUGACGCGAAACUUUUUCUUCUUCUGGACGAUGAAAUUGUACCGCGUGCGCUGGACCCACCAGAUCUCGUAGUCACCCAUGCAAAUCGUUCGCGUCCGGUCGCCUUGGAAGAAUAGCGGCAACGUCGUGGUGCGAAAUCCGUUUGGGUACUGCCUCAUCAACCGCGUCUGGCUUAAUAUCCCUUCGUUUCCUGGUUCAUGUAGCUCAAGGAACGUGCCGCAAUGGUUUGAAAGCUCAAAGGUUCCACCACACUGGACGAUAAAGCUGGUUUGCAUGAAUCCAACUGCCACGCAUGUAUCCUGCUUACGGCCGUCCACAUUGUAGCAAGAUGUAAGCGCGCUGAUCGAGUCAUUGUAGUCCCAGCAGGCUGGCCGCACUACCUCUUCCAGUGGUAUCAAAGCACGCAGACGCCCAAUGCACCCCGAGUUAGUGUAAUUUUUCGUGACCGUCAAUCCGCUUCGGGUCAGUGUCUUUUGAAGACGAUAUGGAACCAGAUUAUCAUCGAGAUAGCAAUUCUGGUCGAAGAUUGAAGGGCGGUCGCCAAUUCUACUGACAGACACAUCCAGUGUUGCUCCGGACUCGUCCACUAGAGAUAUUUUCUCAGCAAUUGUAGCUGACGAAUCCACAUACGCUGGUUCUCCAAAACGAUCGACGCAGCAGUCGACGGGGUGAUUCCGACAAGGAUCCAACAAUAACCCUAUCACAUAUUCUGAUGGUUCGACGAAGCUGGAUGGUUGUAUAACAACAAUUAAAACCUGUAAGAGAAAGAAAUAAAGGAAUUAGCUCCAAGGAAUGACAAAUCACCUGUAGAUGUCCGUGUUGAUGGUUGCGUUUGGAUCCCGGGUAUCGAUUUCCACUUCUAGCUCCUUCUUCUCCUCCAGAUAAGCACGCUCUUCAAGUUCGUCCCCCUUGUCGGGCGCU